GAAAGUAUUGAGGGUAGCUGCGCGUAAAGUGCGCGUACUUGGGUCGUUGGCGAAAAUCGGACGCGCUGGACCCGCAGGGAUCGAUCGUGACCUGGAACAGCCAUGCGCGUGCUCGGGGGCUGCCUGCUGUGCGCGCUGCUUCUGUCCGCAAACGCGGAGACCACCGCGGGGUUGAUUCCGGCCGCGGGUCAUCCUCCGCAUCCCGAUGAUGGGAACUUUUCAAAGCUGGAUCACGUGGAGACAGAGCCCUUUCAGCACCAGCAACAGGCGCGAGAGACCCUGGCAGGCUCCUCCUUUAAUCUAAGAGUUCAUGUUAUAGACAUGCUGAGUCAUCAGGGCCUGAGCCAGGCAGUGGUGGAAGUCUUCAUAAACUACACCAGGAACAGUUGGGCUGUAAGUGGGGAGGACGGCAGCGCUCUGCUUCACAUUCCCUACCGCUCAAAGCAGCCUGUCACAGUAGUGGCCAGCAAAGUUGGCUACAUGCCCGCGCUGCUACCCUGUAAAACCAACAGAAUACCAAUAUUUUCAUCCCUGAUGAUGUCCCUGCUCAGUUUGAAUCAAGGGAACAUCUGGCUCUUUGAAGAUUCUAUCCUGAUCUCUGGACAAACAGCUGAAUUUCCAUCUCGACCUAUUGUCAGGUUUUCCAAGACCCUGCUAAACCUGACAGACAGCAGCAACAUCACCAAUGUUAAAGCCUACCUGACUAUUCCCAAACUGACUUUGGGUCUGGACAAUCCACUUAACGCUCUGGGCAUAAUGAACACUACAUCAGGCUACGUGAGUGUGGAGUUGAGCCCAGUGGUGGCCGUCAGCGUGCAGCUUUUCUCAGGAGACACAGAGCUGCAUGUGAGAGGGCCAAUCCAUUUUAGCCUCACAGUUCCUGAUCGUUGGGGCCUUCAGACUUCAAAUGUUAUUCCUGCAUGGUUCUUUAAUAGAACCACUGGUGGAUGGAUGAGGAAAGGACUUGGAAAGGUUACGUCAGUAGACGGAAGACUUGUUUGGACUUUUACUGCUCCUCACCUGGGUUCCUGGAUUGCUGCGCCUUUGCCAUCUAGCACAGGCAAGAUCUCACUUCCAAUGUGUUAUUUUACCUUUGCUGUUCCCCUAGAAUUUAUCUCCCACCAUUCUUUUUUCCUUAUAUUCCUUUUUGGAGGAGCACUUCUGACUGUCAUCUGUGUUCUGGGUGGACUUUUAUAUUAUUGCAGAAGGGAACCACAUGAAAGUAAAGCAAGGAGUAUCCAACCAGUGCUGAAACAGGACCGAACCACCUCCACAUGUGAUGACGAUGACUUGGAGGCAUCUUCAGGGAAUAUGUGCACAUCUUGGGAUGGGCAGAACCAGAGCCACUCAUUGGCAGAAAGGGGGGAUAACCACCGCAAUGCCUCUUUUGCUUCAAUGCACAACGGUGAAGUGAUCGUCAACCCUGGUGCCGUGGCCAUUACAUUGGAGUGUAAGAGUCUAGAGAUCGGAACUGACCCAAAAGAUUCGACAUUUUCGCACGAGAACUUGGAACAAGUCAAACCGUCCACCUCUCUCACGGACAGCGUGUUCUUCUACCAUCAGCCCAUUGCCGUUUUCCCUGCUCCUGCAUUCUUCCAAAUGGAGGAGCACCCGGAGGAAACCCAGUGGGGCAAGUCGGCCACGUUGCCGCGGGUGGGGCCUUCCGCAGAUCCGUUCAGUAAAAACAGCCUCAGCCAGACUCUGGCCAAAGGAACCCCCGUCACCCAGAGCCAGGCUUCUGAAACUGAGAUCCAGACUCAGACUUUGGAGGAUUCUCACGUUUCAAACGCCGCCAACGCAUCGAGGGGUCCUUUAGGCCUCCCGGAGUCAGCGUCAGUACCAGGGACGUUGAAUAGAAUCAGGGAAGGUCGGCCCUCCGUGCACACCCGUGCGGGGUUACCCACAAUCCCCUCCCCCCAGCCUCCCCGAGCCUGGUUUGUGUCACUUGAGGGCAAACCCGCGGCCGAGAUCCGGUACGCCGUGUCCGAGCAGCAGAGGAGGCGGAGGCCCAUCGAAAGUCGGGAUACCAGUUUGGACUCGGGGGUGGAUAUGAGUGAGCUCAACCAGAUGCCCGGCAGGAGGGCUGCGACACUGGAGCGAAAUGCUACAUUUGUUAAGCGGAGAGAAGAACCCCAACAGUAAAAACACUACGGCAAUUUUUUUUUCAGUGGCAAAGGACUUAUUCUGGUCAGAUGUCCAAUCUAGAAUGAGAUUGGACUGCCUGUUCUCAAACAAUACAUGCAUCAUUCGUCAUAUCACAACUCCUUUAAAGAGCCUGUCCUCUAUCAUAGCAAUAAUGGUGUCAUAUUAAAGAUACUCAUGUUUCCUUUACUUAAAAAUGCACCUGUUUUUUUCGAAUUAAGAUUUUAGAGUGUCCAGCCUUCAACUUUUUCAAAAACUAAAAUAAUAAAAUGCUGAUUGUUAAUGAAAAGCAUGUAUUUUCAUCUCACGGAAUGUGUAUUUAUAUUUGAUUUGUUGUACGUUUUCUCUUAAUUUAUAUCCCAGACUGACUGUGGUAUUAUUAAUGCGUUAUUGUAAUGUAGUAUGUGUAUCAUUAUUAUGAUGUGGCCUUUACAUUGAUACAUAAGAUUCUACAAUAAAGCUACAUUUUUGAUAAAUUAUUGAGUUUGGUGAA